AUAGUUAUCAGAUCCCACUAGCAUCGUCCUCCCAUCCAUCUCUCCCUCUCGUACCCUCGGACUCUAUUGGCCAGAGACAAAAAGGCUAGAACCCUAAUCUCUUUCGUUCGGCGUCGUGUGGCUCUGCUCGACAUUUCAUCUUUAGAAUCUCAGAUCUUCUCCUUCGUGCUGGGCUGUUGGCAUUGCGUCGUAUGGUUUGGCGCCAUUAGCAUUUCACUUCUAGAAAAGGAACGAAGAAACGAAUGAAAAGAAAAGCACAGAUCACUUUCUCCAUUACAGUGACUUCAUAACCGCCACUUCAUUUCGUCUCAAAGAACCAGCGAAUUGUAGUUUGAUUAUAUUUUAUCUCCAGUAAUGGCCCAGUUGAAAGCUGUUUCUCCUUAUUCAUGCUCCAAUCUUUCUCCCUUGGGACAUAGAACAGAGCACCUGCUGCUCCCCCAAAUAUGGAACACGAAGCCAUCAUCAUUGAGAAAGUUGGGGCCAAGAACAAGCGUUGGUAUCACCAAAUUCCCAGUAAUAAAAGCAGUUUUGCACAGUGGUACAGAGACGGAAGUUUCCACUACCAAGGGCAGUGGGCUUCGUGGAAAAUUAAAUAAGGUUGUGCUAGCUUACAGUGGUGGCCUAGACACGUCAGUCAUUGUCCCCUGGCUAAGAGAGAAUUAUGGAUGUGAUGUUGUUUGCUUCACUGCUGAUGUUGGCCAAGGCUUAAAAGAAUUGGAAGGUUUAGAAGAGAAGGCCAAAGCCAGUGGAGCCUCUCAGUUGGUGGUGAAGGAUUUGAAGGAAGAAUUUGUCCAGGAUUAUAUAUUCCCUUGUUUGCGUGCUGGCGCAAUUUAUGAGAGGAAGUAUCUCCUUGGGACUUCAAUGGCUCGCCCUGUUAUUGCAAAGGCCAUGGUGGAUGUUGCAAAAGAAGUAGGAGCAGAUGCUGUCUCUCAUGGUUGUACUGGUAAAGGAAAUGAUCAGGUUCGCUUUGAGCUCACAUUCUUUGCUUUGAAUCCCAAACUAAAUGUUGUGGCUCCAUGGAGGGAGUGGGACGUUAGAGGGAGGGAAGAUGCAAUUGAGUAUGCAAAGAAGCAUAACGUACCUGUUCCUGUGACAAAGAAAUCCAUAUACAGCAGAGACAGGAACCUUUGGCACCUUAGUCAUGAGGGUGACAUUUUGGAAGACCCAGCAAAUGAGCCAAAGAAGGAUAUGUACAUGAUGUCUGAGGAUCCAGAGGAUGCUCCAAAUCAAGCAGAAUAUGUGGAAAUUGGGAUAGAAUCAGGAUUACCUGUUUCGGUUAAUGGGAAGAGACUUUCACCAGCAUCCUUACUCUCUGAACUCAAUGAAAUUGGUGGAAGGCAUGGUAUUGGCAGGAUUGACAUGGUUGAAAACCGGCUUGUCGGUAUGAAGAGCCGGGGAGUUUACGAAACUCCUGGGGGAACAAUUCUCUUCACUGCAGCACGUGAAUUAGAGUCUUUGACACUUGACCGGGAAACAAUCCAAGUGAAAGAUUCAUUAGCCCUAAAAUAUGCAGAGCUGGUGUAUGCUGGAAGGUGGUUUGAUCCUCUUCGGGAGUCCAUGGAUGCCUUCAUGGAGAAAAUCACAGCAACCACAACAGGUUCUGUGACUUUGAAGCUGUACAAGGGCUCUGUUACUGUUACUGGUCGGAAGAGCCCUUACAGCCUGUACAGGCAGGAUAUUUCAUCAUUUGAGAGUGGUCAGAUAUAUGAUCAAGCCGAUGCUGCCGGGUUCAUUCGCCUUUAUGGCCUUCCAAUGAGGGUGCGAGCGAUGCUUGAGCAGAGCAUCUAGGAACUAGUUUUUUUGUGCACUUGAUGAAUAACAUGCCUGCUUUGUUGGCUGAACAUUUUUGUGGAACUUCUACUGGAAAAUAAACUAAUUUUGUUAUCCAUUAUUAGCUUUUACAUUACAUUACAGAAAUGCAUGGAGGCAUUUCAGAGGAUUCCUUAUCUCACUUUUCAAGUAACAAUGUGGUGCAGAAAAUGUGGAUGGUGAAACCUUGGCCUAUUUUAGUGUAUGCUUAGUUUUAUUUUGUUA